UUCUCUCUCUCGCUCUGUGUCUCAUUCUCUGUCUGUCUUGUUGCUAUUCCCUUUCUUUACAAAACCAUUUUUUGUAUUAAAACAAAACAACUGAGUGAUUUUUAUUAAUUUAAUUAUUGAUUUAAAUUUGGACGAUUAAUUGAUUACGAUUCUUUUACAACUAUUGAUAUAAUUGAAGUGAUUAUAAGAUGAGUUCCGGUUCCUUAGUGAAUGUUCAAGCUGUGAAUGCCAGUGGUAGUGGAGGCCAACAUCAUCAACAAAAUCAAGGUUUAAUGGUUCAUCAUCACGGUAAAUCAAAUAAGAAAAAGCCUAAAGUUAACAAGGAUGGAGUACCUGCGCCUAAAAGAGCCACAACUGCAUACAUAAAUUUCACUCAAUGGUACAGAGAAGAGUUAAAGAAAUCAGGUCGGCCUAUUCCUAAGAUUGGUGACUUUGGCAAAGAGUGUGCCGCAAAAUGGAACCAAAUGUGCGAAGAAGAGAAACAACCUUUUCUCGCAGUAGCUGCCAAAGACAAAGAACGAUACAAAAAGGACAAUCCGUAUUAUAAGAAUAACGAAGCCGUGAUUCAUUUCUACAGUGGAAACAAGAACACAGCAGUUCAUUUGCUCAGUAAACAAAUUAACUUCUCACCGACGGAAACUAUUUACAAUUAUGGUUUAAUGAAUUUGUUCACUGGAAACCAAGCAAAUGCCUUCGCAUCAUUUAGAAAGUGUUCAAUUCACUUUAAAAAGAAUCCAAGAAUCUGGUUAAGAUUAGCUGAAUGUAAACUCGAAGAAAUGAGGAAAAACAGGAUCGAUGAUUUUGAUAUUCUCAGAAGAAAACAAGAUAUAAUCUGGGGCUAUGUAGGUGAAGGAGUACACCGAAAAUUAAUUUUUCGUGGACACAUUGACAAAAUAGUUGAUGAAGAAAAAUUACUCUUAAUCCGGAAAUGCCUUCUCAACAGCCUUACUCUAAUUAAAAGCGAAAAUGAAAGAGAUUUCUAUCCAUCCAAUUAUCCAUCUGAAGUUGAGUUGAAAAACUUGACCAUUUCUGUAAUGCUUGACUUAGCAUAUGUACAUUUAUGUCUACACGAUUAUCCUCAUGCUCACACAUACGCCAUGGAAGCCUUGGAACUGUCUCCCGAUAGUACUCAAAAAUGUUUAGCUCAUCUUUACGCUGGCGAAGCUUCUGUUUGGAUGGACAACAUUAAAGAAGCAAUAGAUCAUUUUUCUCCCUCAUCCUGCCCAUCAGAUGAAAGAGCCAGUGUUUAUAAAGUUGUAUUAUGUUAUAAUCUCUCUGUGGCAUAUACAUUAAGAGGAGAAUUCAGUAAAGCAGCCGAAACACUUCAGCAAUUAAGUGAUAUUCAAUCUAAGUCUAAUCAACAAAUGUUACCUAUUCAAGUUAUUGUUUUAGCCAUUUAUAUCAAAUUGGCCUUAGGAUGUGUUGACUCUGCCAAAUCAAUAAUUAAACAACAUUUUCCUCAGUAUCGAUGAAGGUUCGGUUGUACAAAUGUGAAUCACCUUUUACUUUUUUUUUCCUGUUAACUAUGUAAUGAUUGUGUAUUUUUAUCGUUAAAUUUAUUGAAAAAUUCAAAUCAAACUUGUUAAUUUAAAAGCAAAAUUCAAAACUUGGAAAUGCAUUUUUUUUUUGCUUAUUAUUAAUUAACACAAAUAUAUUAUUUGAA